CUCUGCUGUGUUCAAUUCAUCCACUCAUCCAGUCCUUUCUUUCCAUCCAUCAUAACCUCAUAAGAAGCCACGCAACCCUGCGCCAAUCCCGAAUCUACAUCCAUCUCAGCCAGCCCCUAUCUCACAUCUCGAAGUUCCCCUGUCAUAAAAGAAAGGAGAGGAAAGAGAGAAGACAUACAUACCAACAGUGAUCAUUCCGCCCCGUCAUCGACGAAUUCGCCGCUAUGUCGAACACACGCCUGCGCGCAGACCUCGAGAUCCGUCUACUAUGUUCAUCAGCCCGCUCUCCAGCCCCAGAACCAGAACUCCUCACCACGCGCUUGAGAUACCUACACUCUCUCCUCCAUGUUCCUACCUAAUCUGCUCCUGCGGAUAUCGCGCCCCCUUUUCUUCCCACCCCGACAGAUCAGCCUCUCCUCCCCUUUUUCUCCCAGAGUCCCAGAAUAGGGUAGGUAAGGAGGUCAAGGAAGGUCAAUAUACCCAUUUCGUAAGCAGCAGCUUAGGCAACACCGCAUUCACCCUCCCCUUCGGCCGCCAAACACCUCAUCAGAUGCAGCUGCACCGCCUUGCGCACACUAUCCGGCAAGCUGUUCCCGCCCGCGAUCUUCCCCGCGAUGCUGGAACGCAUGAAUAGCACGCCGCCCUCAUCAUUCUGGUUGAAGAU